AUGAUCAGAGAGAGUCUGUGCAUCUUCAGUGUAAGGCUUUCUGAAGCCAAGUUUGCUACUAGAUGGAAAAAAAACAGUGUUAAGCACAAACGUUUCUUCACCCUGUGCAAAGUCCUCCUUCUAUUAAGAUCCUUUGCAUGAUGUUGUUUGUCUUGUUAAAAGGAAAUAAUAAUUUCUUUUGGAAAUGAAUUCAACUUUGUGGCCUUUGUAUCAUGGUAUUUUUUAUGUCCUAUACAGUUGAGUGAACCUAACACAGCUGUUUUCUUUAGAGAGGCAAAAAUGAACUGGAAGGGGAAUGCAGUGGCUCCUUGCCCACUUCUACAUUAAACAAUCAGUUGGAAAACUCAUGCUCAUUUUCAGCAUUUUAAAGUAAUUAAUACUGAAAAAAGGUUUAUGAUAAAUGCUUAAGAACAGAACUCAUAACUUCCAGCUGCCAUCUACCUCUCGGAAACAACAAAAAACCGUUUUUUUUCAAGCUUCCUUCCAAUUAUUCAACAGCUGUUCCUCCUGUGCAGACUUUGAAACCACUUGUUCAAUGGUUUUAUUUUUCUGUUUGUUUCGUUUGUUUUGUCAAUUUUUUCUUACCACAAUUGAAACCAAAUAUUUCAUGAUUGAAAAAAACAACUCACAAAUUUCCAAAAACGAAUUAUUCAUCAUUUGUUUUUGUGAAAGUAUAAUCCUCAUUUGCCAAGCUGAAAUCAUUAUAAAUAACUUGAGAUAUCAAAAGUUGAAAAAAGAAAGAAAAAAGAAAUAUGAAAAUGAAUCAUAAAGAGGAGGUACCUCUGCAUCCAUAUUUAGUGAAUUUAGCCAAUAUCUUCAAGGGAAAUCCACGAAAAUUAUUACUUUAAAAUUCAAGAACUGUCGGUUACCGGAAACAGGUUACCUCAGUUUACUUCCGGAACUUUUCUCCUGUUUUUUUCUUUAGCAUUGUCAAUGACGACAUUUCCGGUGUGAUUUGAACAUAACACAAAAUCGCAGAGCAGUUCUUUCGCUGGCUCAUUUUCAAAGAAUCACUUUGCACUUUCAUGCCGUUUUAUUGCUGUCAGAGCUUGCUUGUGGCGGAUCGGGAGGCCGAAGAUAUGAACUACUAUCGAAAUGCUAACAAAGAUGUAGCCCCAAGGAACAGCUUUAGACACCGUAUAGUUACUAAAGAAAUGGCUUUCUACUGCUUUGAUAUCUUAGCCAUGCAUCUAGGCUUAUAUCAUCAUCAAGAAGCGCCGUGGCCAAACUUCCCAAACGAUGAGUUGUAAGUAUAUUAAGGUUCCCUGGUUUAUUUGCAGUUUAUCGUACAGUAGCGAUAGCUUAGCUGACCUUCGCAUGGGAAAUAUAUAGCUCAGUGAGACGCGAUUUGGAUGAGAAACGGCCGUAUUCUUGUUCAGGGGUUUCUCUGUUCCUGGCAACAAAAGAUUGUACAUGAAAAGAAACGCCGAUCUAGCGACCGAACGUUCGCUUCACCAACCACGAAUUUGGUCUUAAAUGAAAUCUUUCCCGCUGACUCCAUUCGGUAUGGCCAUUAGAACAUUUCUUAGUGCCUCAAUGGUCGGUGAAAAAAAAAUUUAUGUGACCUUGAAACAGGCAGUUUGCAUGACUUGAACCGAAGCUACAGUAUACAAAAUGCAAAUUAGUCGACCGAUUUUGGCAUUGUUAUUGUUUGAACCUCCAAGAUUAUAUCAUUCUUUUGACAUGUUACCUGUAACAUUUCCCAGGAAUUGGUCGAGCAUCGUUUGAAAGGAAUAUUUUAUGCGAAUUGUUCAAGCCUUCGUCUCAGUUCAAAAUCGACGAAAUUCAACGUAGGUGUACUUCGGGAGGCCCUUAUUUGAGUUCAUUGUAUACAUGAAUUUUUUUCAUUAGCUUCAGCUGUAGUUUGUUCAGGCUUAUUAAACUUAAUAUUUAUUAUCUGGCCAUUGGUGUAAAUAUAUUUAGUUGCUCAAUCUUUUUAAACUGGUGCAGAUCUCGUGGUUGAAAACAAAUUGAAAUUUUUAGCAAUGUUUUUCACUGCCGGAUUGUUUGAGAUGUAUGUGGUCAUGCUAAACUUGGUUUGAAAGAGAUUUUCAGAUAGACGAUGUUUAUGUAUUUGCCAAGGUGACUCUCUCGGAACAAUAAAUAUUUCUGCUUUAAAACCCAAUCAAUAUGAAACUUACAGUAUUUGAAAAUUUUGUACUCUGUUUCUAUGGCACUUUGUUUAAGAAAUUGAUUUCUAUGCACAAUGAAUCCAAUUUCGUCUUGCUCAAUAGACCAAGUAGGAAAAAAUUUUUGGAAUUAAUAUAUGUUACUGUCAACAGUUUGAUAUCAACUAACUGAAUUAUAAAAAAAUAUUCAUGACUUGUAAAAUGAGCCAUCUUCCUGUUAUGGUAUCAAGAUAUAUUUUUUUCUCAAUUUUUAAAAACAAAUCUGCUGUUGAUGUAUGCAAAAUAAUUAUGUAUUUGUUGGUGAUUUUCAUUCUAUUGUUAAAUUUUCAUUCAAACUUAUCUUUAUUUUUUCAUUCUUACCAAGCUUAGUCCAUUGAUAUCUAAAUAAGUACAGCUUAGAACAAAAAGUGAUGGAAUUCAUUUAGAUAAUUUUCUCUCAGAUUCCCAUAUUUUUUGUCAAAAGCAAUUUGCUGAUUCUUAUAGCCACAAUUGUUUUUAUGUAUAUUAGUAUAAAGGUUCAAAGUUCAUCAAUGUAGCAAUUUUUGUAUUACAAUUUUAGAAGCAGAUUGAUUUGACCCUAUAUUUCUUAAAAUCCAAAUAAAAAUUUUCUGCACCGUCAACCACAGAUUUCCUACAAUUUUACCUCUUAAAAUUGGUUAUAAAAUCAAACAAGAUUCCUUAAUUAAUAAUUUCAUUUCUAUGUCCAAGAGACUUCAUGUUGUGUGACAGUAAUGUACAUGUAUCUACUACGCGGAGACAGAUGUCUAGAAUAAAUCUAGCCAUCAAGAGAUAAUGAACUCUCAAGCUAGAGGAAUUGAUUGACUUCUUCUGAUUAUCACCUGGCAACAACCAGUCAUGUUAUUAAUCUGCUAACUAGUAUAAAAUCCUUAAAACUUAAGGUCCUUUUUUCAUGCAAUAAUACUGUAGCUCUUGCCCAUCUGUUUUACUGAUUUACUGGUAAUACUGCAAAAGUGCAGCAAGUGAUUAGUUAGGGAAACAACUCUACUGAUUGUUUAUUUAGUGUAGUUCAGAAAACCCACGUGAACUGGACUAAGUUCUCAACAUCUUCUUGUCACCUUUUUGUGGAAAAUUUAUAGAUAGAUUCACAAACAUAAUGCUAUCAACAAUGCUGAUCCUAUCAGUUAGUAGGACAUGUGUCAUGUUUGAAAUCCAUAAUGGCCCCUGCUCACCACAAUCUCUGUGGCUCAGUGGUAGAGCAUCAGAACUCGGAAUCUGAAGGUCUGAGGUUUGAUUCCUCAUGGGGACUUAGAGUGUUUCCUUUGUCCCAUGCUUGUGACAAGAUGAAAAAUAUCUUUCUUUAUGUAUUGAUUUGGUCAGGAGAAAUUACAUUUUGGUCAUUAAUUUGUGCUAUAGGGUUUUUGUUUUUGCAAGCCAUAAAUUUGUAUCAGUAUUGACUUGAACAGGGUUAUUCUAGAGAUUGCCUCAAGAUGGCCCAACAGGCCUUUUAGUUCAGGGGGCCCUUUUCAAGCAGGGAGGCCUUUUUCAAAAGAGGGGAUCUUUUUGAAGAAAGGGGCCCCAAGAGUGGUAACCAAGAAGGUGUUUGAACAUAUUUGUAUAGUCUUACCAGUGAGGAGACCCAGAAGGGAAAAGAAAUUUAGAUAGUGAGAGGCUAUUAAGUUUGAAUUGACUUGAAAUAUAGCAGCUCAAUCUGAACCUGCUAAUUAUUUUUUAGAAUUUCUAAAUACAAAAUUCUUCAAAAUUGAACCCCAUUUGUUGCUCAGAUGUAAUUUUUCAUGUGGCUUCUUAUCGCAUAAUUUUAGAAAACUUGCAAAGCUGCGCUUUAGAAUAAACUCUCGAGAGCAUUUUAUUUUUAUUACCAAGUUGAGUUUAGAGAUCCAUGAUUCUAAAAGCCUUGUUUGAAUAGUUCUCAGCAUGAUCUAGCAAAUCCCUACUAUUACAGGCCAUUCCCUGUGUUUGUAUCCACAAUUAAUGACAUUAUUGUCUCUCUUUCUCUGUUUUUAGUCCCCUAUUUGUCACUUGGAAGAUUGGCCAAGAUCACAGACUACGGGGUUGUAUAGGAACAUUUACCGCAAUGCGACUUCACAAAGGUCUUAGAGAAUACACCCUUUCCAGGUAGGAAUUAAUUUUUAACUUAAGAACUAAUAAAAACUUGCAUGAUCUAAUCAUAAUUUCUCCCUUGUAGCUGCUUUAUGAUUUCUUUCAACUUCGUGCGGAGAAUUUAAUUUGGACUUGUAUCAAAAACUGUGAGAGAAGUGACAAGUUACAGUAGUUCCAUGUACUUCUGGUCGUCAACAGGACGUGAAAUUGCGCCUAAUACAGGUGCCAAUGCGACUAAAUUUUUCACUUUGGCGACCAAAUCCUGAAAGUUAGUCGCCAAAUUGGCGACUAGAAUGUUUCAUCAUAACCUUACCAAGAGAUAUAGUGAAUUAAAAAGAUUUGCAAAGAUAAACGUAGCACAUGCAUCUUGAUCGAAAACUAGACGCCAUCUUGGAUUUAGAUGAGCCUGAACGUUGUAUAUCAUCCAUCCUAGAGUCCACUUUGUAGCAUGUUAAAGAUCUUUUCCCUAACUUAAUUUGGGAGGGUCUAUCUAGAACGCUGACAGCGUAAAGAAAGAUUUUGUUUGUCUUUGAAAAUGGUGACCAACUUUUUUUGAAUUGGCUACCACUUUAAAGAAUUUAGGAGCCAAGUGGCUAUCAGAAAAAAAAGUUAAUUUCACGCCCUGUACUUACAAGAAGAAUUUGCUUCACAAUCAGGAGAUUAACCCUUUCCACCCUAACAUGAGUAUUCAUAUUCUUCACACUGUACCACAUACAUUUGCCAAGGUGCUGUUUCUUUCACUAGUGUUCCUUAUAAUUUUAUUUAUGUUGAAUUGUUGUUUGUGGGAGAAGUUUUGUUUGAUUUCAAAACCUAAAAGUUCUUUGUUUUACACAACAAUGUAAUGCAAAGAAAACUUCUAGCACUGAAUAACAAAGGCAGAUGAGUAGCACAUUCUUUUAAGACUGUGUGUAUAAAAAAAUGGAAUUUGUACAUCUGACUACCCUGUGUAUACAUCUGUGUAGUUAACAUAUCUGUGAGUGGUAUUGUACAUGUAUAACAACAUACAUUAUUUUGUUUAGAGUAACACUUUAUUUUUUUGCAAAGGAGACACUUAAACCCAGCUGAUCUCUUGUUGCAAAGUUAGAUUUUUCUUUAAUGGAUUGUUUUAAAUGUCUUCAUCUGACAGCUGUGUUUUCUACUCUUUAGAUUCUCAAAGAUAUGUUUUUUUCUUUUACAGUGCUUUAAGAGAUAGCCGAUUUUCCCCAGUCACCAAAGAUGAACUAGCAUACCUCUUCUGUUCUGUGUCUGUGUUGACUAAUUUUGAAGAAAAUGUCAAUUGUCUAGACUGGGAGGUUGGUAUAAAAUGUACUAUAGAUAUACUCUCGACUGCAUUAGAUUACAGACUUGUAAUGUUACUCAAUCAUUUAAAUGCUGUAUAUUUGAGUUAUUAUGGAUGUGUGAACUUGUCUAUUUAAGAGCUUGGGGAAAAAUGAAAGAAGUGUUUCAGUCUCUUGUUUUAGAUCUUUCACUGCAUAUAUCAAUUGUCUUUCAAAAAUGAAGAUUGAAGUAAAUAAUGAGUUAACUUGAUGAAAAACUCAACUUAAUGUCAGCAAAGUAUGUUAAUGCAGCACAAAGUAAAUGUCAUUGUACAUUCCUAAAAUGAAAAGACUGCACUGUUCAUCACUCGCUGUUCUCUGUCUCUUUCCAUGUUGCUGUUUUUUUAUUCCAUGAUCAAUUGUUGUUCGGAUUGUUACAAUAGCCAAGUACAUCAGCAUUGAGAGGGAAAGAGAAAGGUUUUACUGUCUAUUGAAUCUGUCAGAGAGUACGUGUGGUAAAUUUUUUAAAUAAUCUAUAUGCAGCUGUAGAGCUCCAAGGAACUGGAAAAUACAGUCAUGUCUUUUGAACAGCUCGACAAUUUGGUCAAAGCUCUUUCUUUCAUGGAUGAAUGGAAGUAAAGAGACCACUCUCAAUGCUUUGAUUUCUAAUGUCAUGUUAUGUUAGCUGACCCAGUGAUGCAUUUUAAUUUCUUCAUAGAUUGGUGUUCAUGGUAUACGGAUAGAAUUUUAUAAUGACAAAGGUCACAAAAGAACUGCUACUUACCUUCCAGAGGUUGCUAAAGAACAAGGUACUGUGUGUUAAGCAUAAAACAUUAUUCUUUUUGAGUGUGAUUGUGAUAGAAAAUCAGGAUUAUUAAGAAUUAUCAGAAACUAUAACAAUUUUUCUAUCACUCAAGUUAAGGCAACUAUGCACCUACCCCUCCCCUAACUGUACAACAGUCGACUCAUAACAAGUUGGGGUUAAUGUUUGGUUAGGGGAGGGGUGGGCGCAUAGUUGCUUAGGUACUGACAUUGAUCCAUUUUAAGUAUAUUUGAUCAUGAGUGACCAAAACAGAAUUUCUCCUUAAUUUCUCCAUACAAUAUCAUGCAGACAAGUAAUGAGAAUAGGGAAAAGUAUCACUCGUGGGAUUACUAAUUGAUCCAAUACUAAAUUCUCCAAACUAACACAAUGAGAAUUACUAAUGAGAUCUUGGGUGUUAAAGGGUUAAUGCAUGUGAAUGUGUGACUGUCCAUUUAGGUUGGAAUCAAAUCGAGACCAUUGAUUCUCUCCUGAGGAAAGGUGGCUUCAAAGGGACCAUCACCCAAGAUGUCCGCAACUCAAUCAAAGUGACUCGUUAUCAGAGUGAAAAAGUCACUGUAGAUUAUAAGGAAUAUCUUGCCUCCAAACAAUGUACAUGACAACUGUGUAGUCUAGGUCUAACAAAUGUAGGCAACUAGAUCUAUGAAUACCAUUUUCAAAGAUGUUAAUAAUUAUAAUUAUUAAUUCACUUCUUGUUAUAUUAUAUGUAUAUUUAUUGACACGGCCAGCAUCAUGGGAAGCAGUGCAGCUCUCUUUUUGUUGUUUUCAAGUCUCAGAGUCAAUGGAUGUUUUGAAAAUGGUAAUCAGAGAGCUGCAUGGCUUGCAAAGCUUGUUUUGUGUGGGAAUCACAUUGCAAUUCAAUCUAUUACACUUCAAAACCUUUUCACUAGUCUUAUAACAAAGGUAGAACUGCAAGGGUGAAAAGAUAACCAAAAUCUUUUAUCAAAUGUUUAUGAUUUCAACAAAACUCCUCACAGAGACCUGAGUUGGUUUUUUUUGUUUGUUAAAUUUAAUUAUAUUUAGUAAUGAUUAUGAAUUUUAAAUUAGUUUUAGCAUCUUCUCUCUUACAAUUUAUGCUCCCUCAAAUAUGACUUAUCUGCAUAAAACCAUUUUGGUGAAACAUGUUCAUAAGUUAACGAUCAAAUAGAAAUGUUUUUCAAUUACUCCAAUCACUAAGAAGCACACCUUUGUUCUAAUACAACAGAAAGGUUUGAUGACUUUUUUCAACUGUUUAAGUUACAGGAUGACUUAAUAUUUUUUUUACUUGGCAGUGUCAAGUACCUCCACUACAGAUAUAGUUCUCAUUAAUACAGUCAACUCUCACUUAAGGAACACUCUCGUAAGCGGACAGUUUUACUCACUGACACAUUUUCAAUUUCCAUUUUUGUCUCUCAGUCAAACUCUGUAUUUGCACAUUCCCAUAGACAGACACUAACUCAUAAGCGGACUCAGACCAGUGUUCUCCCUUAUUUUACGCAUGACAGGUAAAAUAAAUUUUCAAACCAGUAAAGCAAUCCUUUUACCUGUUGAAUUUUCAAGAAUUCCAAGCAGUUUAAAACGGUAAUAAGAAGUACUAAAGGUGGUAAAUGUUACCAGUUACCACCUGAAAAGGAGAACACUGUCAGACACUAUUUAAGCGAAAAUUUGUUUUUUCUUUUGUUUACACUCUCAUACGCAGACACCCCAUGCAUAAUAAUUGAUUCUUGGCGAUAAAAUUUGUCUUUAGCUUGCACAUCAACAAAAAUAUGACCUUGAGAUUCGUUUGUCAAAUCUCCAUUUGUCUGCAGAAAAGCAAGCUGUUGAUUUGUUUGUCAUUAACUUGAGAGUCCACCAUAAAACUCCCUCCUAAGAGGAAAUCCACCCUAUAUUUCUGAUGUUUGCUUAUGAGAAUAAUUCCUGUAGGCAAACAGUUCUAAUAACUGACACUUUUUUCCAAUUCCUGAGGGUGUUCACUUACGAGGGAAUUGACUGUGGUUCCUCUGAGGUUUGUCAGCAUUUUGAUUGAGGGAGUCACAUUUUUUUGUGCGAGCAUGCAAUUUAGGGGUCAACUAUAGCAUGCUUGUUCUCGUCUCUUGGACAGGUGUAUUUACCACCAAAUAUAAGUUAGUUUUGACAACUUUCUGUUUUUCAGAAAUUUUUUUUGCAAUUUAUAUUUUACUGCUCUCUCAAACAUCUCAGAAUUUAUCUUUUGGUAUGUACUAAGACUACAAUGUAGCUAGGAUAACAUCUGUAUUUCAUAGUUAGUGCUACAAAUUGAAAAUUGCAUUUCAUUGAGUUGCAUUGCCACAGUGUGGUACCUAAUAUCAAUAGUUAAUGUUUGCAUGAAAAAUUUUGUAUUAUUAAUUAAUAUUUUUUUCGAAUUCUACAACCAGCUGUUAUUAAUAGCAUCUUAUGCAGAUAUCUGUGAAGCUUUCCAUUUAUUUUGGACACAAAGAAUUGGGAAUUGAUAGUGAGACUAGGGAACAAGGAAUGAAGAAAGUGUGAGGGAAGGGAAAUGUCCAUAAAGGAGGCAAGAGCCAUGGCAAAUAAUACUAGAUUGUUUCUUUUUCCAUUUGUAAUUGCCAAAUUCCUUGGUUACCAUUAUUUUUUAGGUCAUUUCUUGUUUGAGCAUUUACCUUUCACCUGGGUAUUGUUGGAAAUUCAUUGUGGCAACGUCAAUCCUUAAUUUUUUGUGGCUAGUACUGUAUUGUAAACAGCAACAAAGUCUCGCUGUUUUGUUACUGUUAGGAAAAGUUUUGAUGUUUCCAGUCUUUAACUCUAAGUAAUUUUUCCCUAACAUCACUAGAAUUAUUGGAUAUUCUUCUUUUUUUUCCUGCAAAUUCCAAUCAAAGGGGCUAGAUCAACCAAUUUUAGGAUAUUCUAUUGAUUAACUUACCAAUUUAGUUUUAAAAUGAAUCCUACACAUGAAAACUGAAAAUGAGAGAGUUACAGUAAACUUGAUGAUAGACAGACUUCCCAAAUCUGUCACUCGAAACUCACAUAAAACAGCUAUGUAUGUAGGAAAUCAGACUUACUUUUGCUAGUUUUGUGAAAGGGGAAAAAAUGACGGUUUACCUGAAAUAAUGCUGCAUCUGGCCCCUCUCUGUGACGCUUAAGAAUAUUUUCUCUUUUUCCCACAAAUCUUGUAUUUCCCUUGUAAUUUAUCAUUUUGUUAUUUGCUUUUACCCUUUGCUGUUGACAAGUAUUCACUUU